CAGAGUCGCACGUUCUUUCCGCGACAUUCUAUCGGAAUGAGACUUUCGUCUUUAAAACUCUAUGGAAAAAGUUUAAAAGGAACACAGUGAUAAAAUUUUGUCGCACCAUUUUUUAUUAUUCCAGUACACCAUGGGGUCAAUGUUCAGGAGCGAGGAGAUGGUGCUAUGCCAACUCUUCGUGCAGCCAGAAGCCGCAUACAUAUCCAUGUAUGAAUUAGGAGAGGCGGGAAUCGCACAGUUCAGAGACUUGAACCCUCACGUGAACGAUUUCCAACGUCGCUACGUCUCAGAAGUACGUCGCUGCAGCGAGAUGGAGCGCAAGCUGCGAUAUGUCCGCGGUGAGCUGCCCGAACCUCCUCCACCUCCGAAACCCUCGCCUACACUACUCAGCCCACGGGAGAUCAAUAUAUUGGAGGAAAGAAUAGACUACGUCGAGUCAGAGAUUCAAGAAAUAACCCGUAACGCUCAAAACUUGAAGACCGAUUACCUCUCAUUGAAGGAACUCAAACUUUUAAUAGAGAAGACCCAAACGUUCUUCCAAGAUCACAGUCAUCAUAGAAAGAUCUCCGCGUCAGUACAAGUGUACAACAAUGAAGGGGUCUUGGGACAUCUUGGUUUUAUCGCAGGAGUGGUAGCGACCCCGAAGGUGCCAUCGUUUGAGAGGAUGCUGUGGAGGAUAUCUCAUGGGAACAUCUUCUUCAAGCAAGCUCAGAUUGACGAACCGCUUAAAGAUCCGGUCACUGGUCAUGAACUGCAGAAGACCGUCUUCGUGGUAUUCUUUCACGGUGAACAAAUCAAAUUAAGAGUGAAGAAGGUCUGCAACGGCUUCCAGGCUACGUUAUACCACUGUCCUGCCACAUAUAAGGAACAGCAAGAAAUGUUGGCUGGAGUUGACAGCAGAAUCAAAGAUUUGGAGAUUGUGCUAGAACAAACAGAGCAGCAUCGUCGGCUGGUGCUCGCAAACAUCGCUCGCGAUCUUAGCACGUGGCUGGUAGCGGUGCGCCGGGAGCAGGCCAUCUACCACACGCUCAACAUGUUCAGUAUGGACAUUGUCAAGAAGUGCCUUAUCGCUGAAUGCUGGGUACCACGCACAGAUCUACCUAUACUACAGAAAGCGUUAGACAAUGGAGUGAAAGCCAGCGGUAGUCCUAUCCCGUCGUUCCUGCAUCACGUGCCGACACACGAGACGCCGCCCACUUUCAACCGAGUGAAUAAGUUUACACGCGGCUUUCAGAACCUCAUCGACUCGUACGGUGUUGCUAGCUAUAGAGAAGUGAAUCCAGCCUUGUAUACAAUAAUUACAUUCCCCUUCCUAUUCGCGGUGAUGUUUGGUGACGUUGGCCACGGCCUUAUUAUGACCACGUUUGCUGCGAUCAUUAUUAUAUUAGAGAAGAGACUGGCCAAGAAGAAAACAGAUAACGAAAUCUGGAACAUAUUCUUUGGAGGUCGAUAUAUUAUCUUACUGAUGGGCAUAUUCUCCAUCUACACCGGUUUGAUAUACAACGAUAUGUUCUCCAAAUCUCUGAACAUCUUCGGUAGCAGUUGGAGGAAUACUUACGACAAUGAAACCUUGGUGCGUCACAAAAUGCUAGAAUUAGACCCGGCAACGGCAUACACACAAACACCUUAUCCUUUUGGACUGGAUCCCGCUUGGCAGUUCGCUGCUAAUAACAUAAUAUUCCUCAAUUCUUUCAAGAUGAAGCUCUCAAUAAUAUUCGGCGUAAUCCAUAUGGCGUUCGGUGUGACAAUGAGUGUGGUAAACUUCAACUUCUUUAAGAAGAACUACAUGAUCUACCUGCAGUAUGUGCCGCAAAUAUUGUUUCUGUUCCUACUGUUUUGGUAUCUUUGUAUACUCAUGUUUAUGAAGUGGACGAUGUACUCCGCUGUCUCGACUGACCCGGCAUACGGCACGUACUGCGCACCCUCAGUGCUGAUCAUCUUCAUCAACAUGAUGCUGAUGAAGAAGUCGGAGUCGCGGCCGCCGUGUCUCCAGCACAUGUACGCUGGUCAGGAGCCGCUGCAGAAGACCUUCAUCGCAAUAGCCUUUCUCUGCAUACCCGUUAUGCUGUUCGGGAAACCAGUCUACCAGAUGAUAGCGGAUAAAAAGAAAAAGAGAUACCAACAAGGGGUAGAGAGUGGCGAGGUGGCAAAGGACCCACAUGACGGUGGCAUGGGAGAGGUGCUCAUAACACAAGCUAUUCAUACCAUAGAAUAUGUGCUCGGUACAGUCUCCCACACAGCUUCUUACCUGCGUCUCUGGGCGCUGUCGCUGGCUCACGCACAGUUGUCUGCGGUGUUAUGGCAACGUGUAUUACGUAUAGGACUUGGCGGUGGGUCGCCUAUAAAUGCAGUGAUGUUGUAUGUAAUAUUCGCUGUGUGGGCGUUCUUUACACUCGCCAUUCUAGUACUCAUGGAGGGCCUGUCCGCUUUCCUGCACACGCUUAGACUUCAUUGGGUGGAGUUUAUGAGUAAAUUCUACGAAGGUCAAGGAUACGCUUUCGUUCCGUUUUCCUUUGCGGCGAUACUUGAGCGUGAAGACGACGAUUUGGUGGUACAGAAGAAUGGCACCUCUCAGGAGUGAGACCAAAAUUACGCAAGAAAAUGACGAGGUUAUAAAUCGAUUAUAUCUAGUACAAAGACUAUAAAUGAUAAUUUAAUAUAAUAUUUCUAGUUUUAUUCUAUAUCUUUAAAAAAAUCCUUGAA